AUGGCACCUCCGGGUGCUACCUCAAUUGCGACCAUACCCCGCCACAUCUGUGAGGUUUCUUUCAGCCGGUCCAGCGGCCCGGGCGGGCAGAAUGUGAACAAGGUGAAUUCAAAGGCGACAUUGAAGGUCCCCUUCGACUCGUUGUUGCCAUUGGUACCCCCGUUGAUGUACCAACCGCUACGGACCUCCCGAUAUGCCGCCGAGAGGACCCAAUGUCUGGUCAUCCAAUCCGACGAGGAGCGCAAACAAGCUAAUAAUGUGGAGGCUUGCUUUGACAAGCUCUACCAGCUGUUAAAGAACACUGCCAAGGAGGUGGUCCCAGGUGAGACCACGCAAGCGCAAAGAGAUCAUGUGCAGAAAUUGUAUGCUAUCCUACUGUUCGGUAUGUCCGAGUCUAACAGAGAUUACAGACAACGCGCUCAGAAUGAGGGUCGCAUCAAAUCUAAGAAACUGCACAGCAAUAAGAAAAGCAGUCGGCGGGGAAGCAAGUACGAUGAUUGA